AUGAAGAGGAAUGCGAAUGAUGAAAGGAGAAGAUGCAUUGAGCCAAUUCCGAUUCUACAAAUGUCUGAUCAUGAGGUAGAAUCUAAUCCAUCUGAUAAUGCUGAUAAUGCUGUAAUUGAUAACAUUGUGAAAAAUUUAGUUAAAAUUGAGGUUGAAGAUGUUCAACCUGAAGUUGAUUUCUGGAUGUCAUCUGUAAUAUGCUAUAUUGUUGGUUUUAUUCGAAGAAUUUGGAGGAAUAAUGGUGUGGAUAAGGUGGCGAUGCUAAAGAAGGGAGUAUAUAUUGUGAGAUUUAUAACUAUGGAGAAGAAGGACUCUGUUCUAAAUGGACCUAUUCCUUUUUUCGAUAGUAAGCCGAUGAUUGUGAGAGCUUGGGAACAAGAUAUGGAUGUGAUAAAGGAUCAAUUUGAGGUUGUUCCUACUUGGAUCCAGAUGAAGGUAGAUUUCAAAUACUGGAAUGAAAAAUGCCUCGCAAAAUUUGUAAGUCCAAUAGGAAACUUUGUGAAAGUUGAUGCUGCAACUGCUAAAAGGGAAAAACUCCAGUAUGCAAGGGUGAUGAUAGAGGUGAAGAUUGAUCAAGAGUUUCCAGAUCAAUUGAGCUUUGUGAAUAAAAAAGGGAUUGAGGUUGUAAUUGAGGUGAAUUAUGAAUGGAAGCCAGAGAAGUGUUUCAAAUGUAAGCAGUUAGGUCACAAGACUGAGCUGCGUAAUAGAGGUGUGAUGAAACAAGUUUGGAGGGAAAAGGAGGCUCCAGUGCAGAUUUGUGAUAAGCCAGGAGAUGUAAAACCUUUUCAAGAGGUUAAUCAUUCUGCUAAGAAAAUAACACAGACUUCUGAACCUGUUGUGACCAUGAAUCCUUUUAAUGUGUUGAAUGAAAUGGAGGAUGAGCAAGUGAUAAUAGGAACUAUUCCAUGUGAAGCAGAGAAGGGGAUCAACAGCAUGAUGAAGCAAAAAGAAGUGAAGAUGUUGUUGAAUAAGAAAUCCCCUGGAAUGGUUAGUCUCAUUGAGACUAAAGUAAAAGCAAAAAAUAUGGGAAAAGUGUACCAAAGCUUGUUUAGUGGAUGGUGUUUUUGCUCAAAUUCAUCAUAUCACAAUGGAGGUAGAGUCAUAUUGGCAUGGAAUCCAUUGAGUUUUCAAGUGGAUAUAAGGUGGAUGAGUGCUCAGGCUAUUCAUUAUUUUAUAAAGCCUACUGGAACAACAACAGGUUUUUGUAGCACUUUUGUUUAUGCAUUCAAUAAUGCAGGAGAUAGAGAGCAAUUGUGGAAGGAUCUGAUGUUGCAAGCUGAUACCAUGACUGAGCCAUCGAUAAUUGGUGGUGACUUUAAUUGUGUGCUCAACAAGGGUGAAAGAUUGGGUGCUCUUGUUAAAGAUGGAGAGAUGGAGGCAUUUAGAAGGUUUGUUAAUAACUGUGGACUAGAUGAUAUUAAGUCAAAUGGAUGUUACUACACUUGGAACAACAAGCAACAAGGUAGUGAUAGAGUUUUUUCAAAGUUGGACAGAGCACUGGGAAAUGAGAAAUGGAGGGAUCUGUUCAGUACUGCAGAGGCCAUGUUUAUGGAUGAAGGCUUAUUUGACCACACCCCUAUAUUGAUCAGAGUCCAUGAGGGAGUUAGUAAUAUUAAAACUCCCUUCAAAUACUUUCACAUGUGGAGUAUGGGAGAGGAUUUUAUGAGUAAGGUCCAUAAUAGUUGGAGAUUUCAUGUCAGAGGGUAUGCCAUGUUCAAAUUCACUCAGAAAUUGAAACAGGUGAAGAAAAUGCUAAAGGAGAUGAAUAAACAGGGUUUUUCUCAGAUACAUAUUGAAGAUACAAAAGCAAGUCUAGCUCUGCAAGAAGAUCAACCAUCUAUGCUUUGCAGAUGA